CUUGAGAUUUGUCUAAUUCAUAAAAUAAAUAAAAGAUAUUUUUUUAUCUCAGCAGUUAUUAAUUGAUCUUGUUAUUAUGUAACAAUUUGUAUCAUUCUUGUAGUUAUUACAUGUAAAAUAACGUUUAACUCACAGUGAUCAUGUGCUAAGUGGUGUAAAAGCCUAUGUACAUUUCACAUUGUGGAUAUUAUUUCACUACUUGAAUGGUUAUCUACAAUAGCAAUGGAAUACGAUACUGAUGAUACUUGGCGCCGUUCAUCAUCACCUCAAUUUAAGGAAAAGAAAAUAUGUAAACCAUUACCAAGGAGGUCAACCACUACUGCUGUUAUUGUCCUUGGCCUGGCAGUCUUAAGUUGUUUAAUGGGAUACUGUGUUCUAAGUGAAACUUUACCCUAUGAGUCAAAAACCUUGCGACUUGUUAUUAUAUUUUUUCGGCAUGGGGCUAGAGCACCAGUUAGUUCAUAUAAAAGUGAUCCCUUUAAAAACUAUCAGUGGCCAGAUGGCCUAGGAAGCUUGACUAAUGCAGGUAAAUUGCAACUAUAUGAGCUGGGAAGAAAAUACCGAAGUUAUUAUGCUAAUUUCAUUCCUGAAGAGUAUCAAGAGAAAGAUGUUUAUAUUAGAAGCAGUGACUCUUCCCGUUGUUUAAUGAGUGCUUACACCUUCUUAGCAGGAUUGUAUCCUCCUUAUGAAAGACAAAUUUGGCAUCCAGAGAUAUUAUGGCAGCCCAUACCUGUACACUCUUUACCAAGACAACUUGAUAAUCUAGUAGCAGCUACCAAACCAUGCAAGUCCUGGAAGCGAAUGUACCAAGAAUUAUUAGCUGAAAAAAAUGCUGAUAGUAAAUACACAGAGUUGUUCGACUAUUUAAGUAAACAUACAAAUCAAAGUAUGAGAAGUAUUUUAGAUGUAGAUUUCUUUUAUAGUACAUUACAAGCUCAAUACGAAGCAGGCUUGAAACUUCCGGAGUGGACUAAAACUGUUUUUCCUACUAAAAUGAGACCACCGUUUAUGUUGAGUUUGGCUUUAUUAUCAUAUAAUGAAUCAUUACAAAGAUUACAUACUGGCCCGCUUUUAAAUAACAUAAGAUCACACCUACAAGAGGCAGUAAUGCACACAAACACAGAUCGGGCACUAUACAUAUAUUCAGGGCAUGACGUCAACUUGGUAUCAUUAAUGCGAUCAUUGGGUUACACUGAGAUGUUGGAGCCGGAGUAUGGUGCAAGCGUUUUGCUGGAAUUGCACGAAGAAGUCGAACAGGACAAAUUUUACGUCAAGCUCUUCUAUCGUAAUAAUACGAAGAUAGAAGUUCCAAUGGAACUAAGCAUACCCAAUUGUAAAGAACCUUGCACUUAUGAGAAAUUUGUUGAGCACCUCGGCACUCUGAUACCACUGGAUUGGGAAGCGGAAUGUCAAAAUUGAUGACUUUAGAAAUAUGCCAGAAGCAUUUAAGAACUACAGGUAAACGUUAAGCCAUAGACAAUAAACUUUGCGACAGGCGUGUUUUGAAGUUUCUACUAAAAUAGCCCUUUUUUUUAUUGUUUGUGAGCAAUAUUUUUCUAUCAAAUUUGCGGCCACUGAUGGAGCUAAUAUUGUAACAUUUCAACACAUUGUAAUCUUUUUAUUUUCUUUGUGGAGCUCCAGUUAUGUGAAUAAUGUAAUGAAUUACUCUUUAUACACGUAAAAAACGUUCAUGCCAAAUAAUAUUUUAUUAAGGUGUAUAUAAAUUUCCAAAUUUUUUUUUGCACUUUAGUAAAUAAGAUGGUCACACCUGUCGCAGUUGUUUAUUUAGAUCUAGAUAUCUGUGUUGUUUGUUGUUAAAUGUGAGUAAUUUUGUAAUUUUGAUCCCAGAAAAUAUUUAUAAAAAAAAGUAAAAAAAUCCUUGGCGCUAAAAAGUAGCAAAUUACAUUUUAUUCAAUUAACUUUCACAUACCACAAAUCAUUCUCAAUAAGGCUUUAUCAUAAUGAUAUUUCAACGGUUGUAUUUUUCAUCUGGUUUUGUUGCUAAUUAUUGACGCAACCGACGUUCCGCAACCACGACUUGUAACAGCCCGUCUCUGCAUGAAUUUUGCACAAUAAUAAUACGUAUAGAAAACUGUGUGGUUAGUGAUAAAAUACUGAUUUUCCCUGACGCUAAUCUUUGCACGUUAAACCAAUUCAGAAUAAUUGCACCGUACCCAAUAUAUUGUCUGGUCAAAGAAUUUAUCAGUUUAUGAAUAGAACAGUUAAAAUUUUAUAAUCGUCGUAUCGUAUCGUAAUCGUAAAUGUAAUUUCAAUAAAGGGCUAUUUGGGUAAGGUUUAUAUAAGGGGAAGAUAAUUGUUUUUAAAUCAUGCCAUCUGAAGUAUAUAAUGCAUAUCUAUUUCCGUAUACGGCUGUUUUUAUGGUAUAAGCCUGAUUUAUGAAAUACCUAAUACAUAUA